AUGUCCUUGGUGUUGUUGAUGGUGUGCAUAUCCCCGAGUUCCGCUGUGCUGUUGAACUUCGACAAUUGCCUAAAUGCGGCUUACAUCCAAUCGAAUCCGAAACAACUUCAGUUCGUCCCGCUGGACGUAUCGGUCGCUUUCAAUUUGCAUGACUCUCUCAAUCCCCUCAAUAUUACGGUUUAUGGGAACGUCUCCGGCACAGCGAAUGGGGAAACCUAUCCAAGCCCGGACAGUCCCGACUGGUCCAAUCCGAACGACACCGUGGGGAAAAUCGUGGAUUACGAUCCUGCAAGCAACAAACUGAGUACUCUUUUGUCGGAAAUUGAUGUACUUAGUUGGAAGCCGUACAAUCAUGCAUCGGAAUUCUGUGACUCUGUCACCCAAGGGAGCUGUCCACUGAGUCCCGUGUUCUACGCCAAUGCGAGCGAUCUUUCAGCCUUACGAGCUUUCUCAAUCCAGCAUGACAUGCAAUCUGCGUACCAUUUCUCGACCCUGUCAGCACGCCUGGUGAUCAAGUCCGCCGAUACCGCUGCCACAAGGAUUGGUUGUAUCAGCGUGGAUAUAACUCCUGAUCUUGGGACCUCUCUUCGAAACACAGUCACCUACAUUCCCUUGGUCAUUCUCUUGCUGGUUGGGAUUGCCACCAUCACCGCCGCUAUCUAUAGUCCUUGGGGUACCACCGACCCAUUUCAUUGGACCAGUAAUUAUGGACGCGACGAGGACGUCCUUCGCCUGGUGACCCCGGGCUUUGGGGAUUGCCUCAACUACAUACAGUUCGCGGUGCUUACUGGUGCCUUGUCAUUGGACUAUCCUGGCUAUUAUCAGCCGGUGGUUAGUCAAGUCGCCUGGUCGGCCCUCAUAUUCAAUCAAAGCCUCUUGGACCCCGGACAUGAGCGGAAUCCAGUAAUAGAUGGUGUUUACGCAGUCAAUGCUACUUACGGACUGGAUAGGUUGAACCAAUAUGUGGGAUUGCCAUCAGCACGCGAUAUUUGGCCUGGAAUCAUGGUCUGGAUGCUUGUCAUUGUGGUCUCUAUCACAAUCCUUAUUCAGGUAGGCUUCGGGCUUCGCAUGCUCCUUCGCACGAUUGCCCACGUGCCAGAAGAAGACCUUCGCUCAAAGAAUAUGCCCUUCACCAUCGGAAAUGCCGUUCGGAUUGUGUUCAAUUACUUGCUGCUGCCACUUAUUUCCUUUUCAUUCUUCCAGCUCGUGAUUGCCCGCCAUUCGCCUGCAUAUUGUGUUGCCUUGGCGGUCGUGUUCAUUGUGAUACUGGCAUCAUUUUCCAUUUGGACAACCCGUUUGAUUGCGACCACACGCCCGAAAUCGUGUCUAUUCGAUGACCUAUCGACAGUGCUCUUGUAUGGCCCACUUUAUAAUACUUUCUGCGACGAUGCUGCCGCCUUUGCGCUGGUUCCGAUCUUCCUUUCGUUCGCCCGAGGUAUCGCUAUCGGAGCGCUGCAGCCGUCAGGCAUCGCGCAGAUUGUGCUCCUCGCCAUUUGUGAGGUAGUCUCACUGCUGACCAUAGUGGCGUUCCGACCGUUUGCAUCACCUACCUCCAUGAACCUUUAUCACGCUUGUUUCUCCAUCAUCCGUUUUCUCACCAUCUUACUCAGCAUCGUUUUCGUCCCAUCAUUAGGUGUCUCGCAGGCUGCUCGGGGCUGGAUAGGAUAUAUUAUUCUGUUCUUGCAUGCCUUAGUGCUUGUGUUCGGUUUCUUCCUCAAUGCUCUUCAGACCUUGAUCGAGGUUAUUGCACGCCUUGCCGGAGCCGGAGGUAACGAAGGCGGUGCAACCCGAGGUGGUUUGGUCAAGGUAUUUGGCAUGCGGCAGUUGUCUCGUCGUGUUCCCCGACAAAGUGUUGGUACGCGACAAAGCAUGGGCUCCGAGGCUGCGAUGUUGGCACACACCGAUGACCGCCUGUCUUCUCAAUUCGAUGGAUCCAGACCUCGAAGUCUCUCCGGAAGUUCUGCGAUGCUUCUUCAUCGGGCGGGUGCAAGCGACGGCCGCGCGAGUGCCUUUUUCGAAUCAGGGAGCGCACAGGGUGGAACACAUAGUCGAGCCAAUAGCAGCGGGUUCUUUACGCCAUCAACGCCGGGCGGGUUCGCCGGAGCAGGCAAUCAGACACCUGGCAGUAACUCGCCCAAGAGCGGACCGGUCUUCGCUAUGCAUCCCCAUGACCCUUACUAUCGACCGCCCAGGCCCCGCAAGAAAAUCAUUGAGAUAGGUGUAUCGAGGGAGAAGUCUCGGGCAAGGAAGCGAGCGGCGAGCUACGGGGAUGUGGAUGACGAUAUCAUGGAAGGCCCGUCGAUUUCUGGAAGAAAUACUCCCGUUCCUGCCUACCUUCCAGCACCUAAGGACGAUCUAGAUCUAGAAGAUCCUCGUCAGUCUAGAAAAGACUAUGCGGUACGCGAAGUUGAUUUCUACUACCGUGUUAGGGGUCCUCCACUUUCACAGUCGGGCACGCGCAAGUUGAAGACAGGCCCUGCUGAUCCCACAGGUCCUGUUUCGUCGGCAACGGGCUUUUUCCGGAACCUGUUUAGAGGGAAGACCAAGGAGAAAGGAAAAGGAUUUGAAGUCGUUCGAAGUGCUAGGGCACCUCCGCCAGGUCUGUUCCCAGAAGGCGAGGUUUUCCAUGAACCCUAUACAGAUGAGCCCGAGGAAUCAGGAGCCGCAGAUCGUCCCGGUCCAGGAUCUGAUAGUGACCGUGACUAUGAGGAUUCAGAAGGGGAGGGCCACGAACGCGCUCCAGAGAUUGCAAUUACCCUACCGAAAGUUGACACAGGGGGCGCUAUUGAGCUACCUAGUCGUGUAGGCUCACAUUCGAGUUCUCAGCCACCCUCGACUGAGCCACAGAAUACCCAGCCUGAAGGCUUGACCGACCCAGGGGGCCAAGAAACAUCCUUGCCCGGCGAACUUCUUCCCGAGGUUGCGACGGGAGAGGGAGCCGAUUCCAACCAACCUAAAGACUUUGCUCCGGCUCAUUCUCAGAAUCACCUCCAUCCUUCGGCUUCCGUGACAGGCCGGUUACCGUUCAGUGCGGCCAGUUCACCUUCGCGAGAUAGAAAUUUCUCGAUUGCAUCAACAACUGCCUCGACCACGUCUAGCCGUCGGCAUGGAAAUGCGGAAAACCUACGCAUUGAGCGCCCGUCUAGCAUGGGCUACGUUGCUCAAUACCGUACCCAGGAUAACAUUCAUGAGGCUAGUCCCGAUGAGCCGUCGUUUGCAGGUAGUGCUGCUGAAUUGGUCACUGAGGCGCAACACCAUGAGGGAGAUUAUCGCAGCGUCAAUUUGGAAUAG